AUGACCGUCACUCAACGCCGCGUCCGCGCGGCGGACCCAGCGGGACCAGAGGACCGCGCCAUCACUGAACCCGGCAUCAAGUACACCUGCGACAUCUGUGGAAUCGACAUUACUCACACUGUCCGUAUGAAGUGCGCACAUCCAGACUGCGCCGAGAUCGACAUAUGCCCUAACUGUUUCCGUGAAGGCAAAAAGGUCCAGAAACACGAGCCCUGGCACGACUACAAAGUUAUUGAGCAGCACUCGUACCCAAUCUUCUGCACCGAUUGGGGGGCGGACGAGGAGAUGCUCCUCAUCGGCGGCUGCCAGGCACACGGUCUGGGCAACUGGGCCGAAGUUGCAGACCACGUCGGCACGCGCACCAAGGAGGAAUGCGAGCUCCACUACAUCGAGGUCUUCCUUGGCUGCGGGAAAGGGUCAGACGUCAAGAAUGACUCGGAGAUGCCCCACGAGACACCCGAGGACGAACAUUACAGCAGGUUCAUGCCACCCAUGAACCGCACGUUCAGCAUUGACCCCGACGAGUUCCAGCGCCGCAAAAAGGCCAGGAUAGAGGAGCUACGCAAGCCGCAGCCUUUAGCAAAAGGCACCGCCAAGACGCUCACGUCUGCGCCGACGAACCACGAGGUCGGAGGCUUCAUGCCUGGCCGUCUUGAGUUUGAAUACGAGCUCGAGAAUGACGCCGAACUCGCCAUUAAGGAUCUCGAGUUCGGCCUGGUGCUCGAGUACGGUGGCGCCGACCAGCCGAUGGCCAAGGUCACACGCCCCGUCGAGGAGGAAGGAGGAGAGGACGAGGGAGAGGACGAGGAGGAGGAAGAAGAAGAUGUCAAGCCAAAGAUCGAGGAAGGCGAGGGCUCGGGCAGUAGCUCCCCGGGGAAGCGCAAGCGCAGCGAAGAGGAGGACCCUGUCGAGACUGCCUUGGAGGUCGAGGACCCCGACGAGCUUGAGGUCAAGAUUGCACUUCUCAACAUCUACCGCUACAAGCUCGACAAGCGCGUGAUGGCCAAGGACCUCAUCUUCGACCGUUCAUUGACCCAGCACAAGAAGCUUACCGCUCUCGAGCGCAAGCGGCCAAAGGAGGAGAAGGAGCUGAUCGGCCGCUACAAGCCUCUCGCCAAGCUGCAGACGGCAGAGGACUUCGAAGUCUUUGUCGAGGGGAUUAUGCACGAGCACCAACUGCGCCGCAGAAUCACUGAACUGCAAGAGUACCGGCGCGUCGGCAUCACUAUGGGAUACGAGGCCGAGUCCUACGAUGUGGCAAAGGCCGCGCGUGCUGGCUUCCGACCUGUCGUGUCGCGCGAGCAGACCGACCCUAUUCGAACCGGUGCACGCAUAAAUGCGGGCCAGAACCGCUACCUGCACGGAACUCCACCGCUCUCCGACUCGCGCGGCGUGAGUACGCCUCCAGCACGCCCACGCGCCCCGACCAAGCCCAAGGACCUGCGCAGCGCCGAGGGCAUAGAGCUACUCACGGACGAGGAGGCGUUGGUGGCGUCGCACACGCACGUCGAGCCCAAGAAGUUCCAGGGCGUCGUGGCGGCCAUGAUCAUCCGCAACGAGGCUCUCCAAGGCAAAUUGCGUCGGCGGGAGGCUCGUAAUAAGCACCACAUUGACGUCAACCACGCGGCGAGGAUCUGGGACUACCUCGUGAUGGUGGGCAAGGUCAAGCUGGCGUAUGAUGCCAAGAUCAAGGCGUUCGACCUCAAGCACGGCGAGAAGGGAUUCCCACCGCCCCCCACCGUGUACGUUCCUGCUGGUGGCCCACCCAAUCCCCUCCCCCAAUCGACCAUCUUCGCCAACGGUGACCGUCCCGUGAUGGCGUAG